AUGCUCUCGCGCGCGCUCCAUCCCGCUUCGUUUAUGCUUCCUCAAGUCUCCAUUUCUACUGUGUCUAGCGCCGCGUCUUUGCGCGCCGGCGCCGCCUUGCUGCCGUCUCCUUCGCCCUGCGCGCUGCUCUUCGCACCGCACGGUGCGGCGGCACGGGCUGGCAAAUCUUCUCCGCCCUUCGCGUCUGCGCGGCGUCCUGUUCCGCCCCCAUUUUGCUCUGAGCCUCCGUGCUCGGCCUCUCCUCUGGUCGCCGCCCACGGUCUGAAAGCGGUCGUAGAUGCCUCGCCGGAGGCGCACGGGGCCGAGACCUUCCGACUGCGCUGUGGCAGGCCCGCCGGGGCUCCAAACGCGCAGGGCGGCCAACCGGAGAUGGCGGCUGCUCGGGCCCGGGAGGCCAACCGGCGCGGAGCGGCGGGGCGCUCCCGCCCCUUCUUGCCUUUUGGCGAGGGGGGAGAUGUCGAUCGCCAGAAGGGUCCGCUCAGCCACGGCAGCUACGCCGAGGGGUUUGGCGUAGUGGAAGCCGCGGACCGGCAAAGUAUCAGAUUGGCGCAGCACUGCUGCUGCGCUCUCAGCCUUCCGCUGUCGAACCUGCUCACGGGCGACGUCGCGGAGGCGCGGAGGAGGAGGCUCGCCAGGCCUUUGCGGCGCGCGUUUUCUUCCUCGCGAGCGGCCUCCGCCCCGCCGGCCUCCGUGUCUGGAGGGACGUGCGCCGCCGCCUCUGCGCCUCCCGGUUCGUCUGCGGCUCUUUCGAGCUCGGAUUCGCCCUGCAGGGCGUCUCCCUCGCCAGUCGAUAAGGAGGCCACGUUCGCCCCCGUGGCGGUCCCUUUCUCCCGGGUGCCGGGGCUCGAGGUGCCUGCGCCGCCGCACGUCGAGAUUCGCCGCGUCGUCGUCCUCGACAAACUGACGCGGUACGAACUGGAGCUUGAGCAGCGCUUGGGAGUUCUGCGUGAGCGGUUUUUAACUCACGGAGGAGACACCGCGCCGGCGGAGCCCGCGCCGGAGGCGCCAGCGUAUCCCUCUCAGCAACCGGGUCGUCGCGCGAGCGCCGAGAGCGGCAUCUCGACCUGUGCAAGCGUCUGCGAGACGCUUCCCGCCUUCGGGACGUCCCGCGCUUCGUCGGCAGCCGCCUCGCCCUCCUCUGCAUUAGCCUCGCCGUCGCCGUCCUUCGCCUCGCCGUCGCCGUCUUUCGCCUCGUCGUCGCCGUCCUUCGCCUCGUCUGUCGCCUCGGCGCCUGUCUCCUCGGCGUCAGCCUUCGCGGCGUCUAGCUUCGCGGCGCCCGCGGCCGCGGCUGCGCCUGCGGAGUCGAUCGGCCCCGACCACGAGCGGUUGCCGGCGCACAUGCGCUUGGUGGAGCAAGAGCUCCGCAUGCAGCUGCCGCAGGCCUACGCGACGCAUUUGGACCACACGCGAAACGUUCAGGAGCUGGUGCGGCAGCUGCAGGAGGACUGGGGCGUGCACACAACGCUGAUCAAGGCACGGAGCUUCGGCAAGACGCUGGAGAACGGCCGGCGCGCGAUCCUCAAGAAAAACGCUUCCGCGGCCUUCCCGCCCGACGCGGUCAUCGCUGCCGGCGGAGACGGCACGUUGCUCGAGGCUGCCUCCUUCCUCGCCGCACUCGAGGAGACCCAAGGCCCCCGGGGGGGCGACGGCUUCGGCGGACAGACGCUGAACGAAGAGGUAGAGGAGGCCAAAGAGCGAGACAGCGAGGGCGAGGACUGCGCCAACGCCGGGCCCGCCGGCAGGCCCGCGGGGGCCCCCGCAAAGGGCCAGAAGCCCGCAUUCUCCCCCGACGGGAUCUGGCUUCUCGGAUUCAACACCGACCCUGUGCGAUCCGAAGGACGACUCUGUCUCGCGUAUCGGCCGCCAAUGUUUCGGCCGCGCUCAGAUAACGCCCUCUGCGCGCAAGCGAAGAAUGUGGGCGCGGCGGAAGACCGCGAGGAGCGCACGACGAUGAUCGUGGACGAGGCGUCCACUACCGACGUGGAAGCGACACAUGCGGCGCUCGCCACAGACACCCCUUCGGCAGAUUCGCGGCCCCGGGCGUCGCAGCAGGACCGGCGGCACUUCCGGGCCACAGACACCGAGUGCGUGUCGCCAGUGCUGUCGUCCGAGGACGGCCAACGCUGCUUUCAAAUACCGACGUUUCAUCCGCACUUCCUCACGCCGAGACGACCGAGUUGCGCAUUGCCUCCUCCGCCCCCUCAGGCCGCCGCGUCUGCGUCCAGCGCUUCACUGGCGCGCGAGGGCGAAGAGGCGUCUGCCACGCCGAGCGGGGACGGCGUCGCGGGAGACGAGUCGGAGAAGCUGCGCUCCAGUCGAGCCUACGUUCAGGGCGUGCUGCGGUAUGUGAUGGACGGCCGCAGCGUGGCGAUCUGCAGGCAGCGCAUUCGCCUCGAACUCGAGUACCCGCGCAGCCAGGAAGAGCAAAUUCUGCAGCGCGUGGAGCAGCAGCGCCGCGAACACAUCGGGCUGAUGUCUCUGCUGCCCCUGGAGCGCGUCUCCGCGGCCCCGCCGCCCUGCGCCCCGGCCGCGCACCUGAAGGCCUCGCCCUCGGAGCCCUGUCUUCGCGGUCGUGCUUUCCGCCGCGGCCGCGCCCUCGCCGACGACGCGGCGCAUGCGGGCCUCGAGCCCGACAGCGAGGAGACCGGCGUGUGGGGGGCCGAGGCCGGCGAGAGGCCGCCGCGGGACGCAAUCGUGCGGCGCGUGCUGGGCGUGAGCGCGCUAAACGACGUCUUCGUGGGCGAGUGCGACAGCUCGCGCACCUGUUACGCGCAGGUGAAAAUCGACCAGGGCGAGCCCACAAGAUAUAAAAGCUCAGGCUUCCUCGUCGCGACAGGCACCGGCUCCAGUGCUUGGUCGUUCAACAUGAGCAAAGUGCGGACUGAGCAAAUCAAAGCUGUCGUGGAUGAGCUGCAUCGCUCACUCGCCCUGCCCGUCGACUUGGCAGACGCAGUGGACUGGGAGGCGCUGCGGGAGCGGGUCAACCGCCAGUUGCUCUUCCACCCUUCCAUGCCGGUCAUGCGCUACUUCGUGCGAGAGCCGAUCGAAAACAGCAUCUUCACCUGCAGGGGCUCUGCUGGCGUGGCGCACCGAGUUGAGAUCCAUGUGCUCUCUCCGGACGCGAUGGUCGCCAUCGACGGCCUGCUGUCCUUUCCGCUGCCGGUCGGCGUCAAGCUCGUGCUUCACAUCAGCCCCUGCGACGCGCUGUGGACUGUCAAGUAG